AAAGCUGAGAAGCCAUUCUUCUGUGAGGAGGAAGGAAGGAUAGAGGGCACUUGCCAGGGUGCCUAUGACAUGCCAUGCUCCAGCAGGGAGCUUCUGCAGUCACACCUCUGUAACCCAUCAACAAACCACUGUAUCCUUCUCGUGAGGUUCUGUGCCUGACUCGGGUCCCCUCAGGGGAUGAACAAUCAGUACGUCCGCCGAGAGGUCUUCUGCCGGAACACCUGUCACGAGCUCAAACGCUUUUGGGAAAGGGAAAUUGGCAAGCAGACUUACUACCGAGAGUCAGAAGAACAUCGCCUGGGUAGAAGUGCACUGAGAAAGCUCAGAGAAGAAUGGAAGCAGAAACUGGAAACAAAGCUGAGACUACGGAACAAUCCAGAUGAGACAGAAAAGCGGGCAAAUGUUGGCCAAGAGCUUCACUGACACAAAAGAAUACAAACUACUGAGGUCACUCUGCCAGGAGAAACCAGUGCAAAUCCCUUACUCCCUUUGCUACUCCCAAACAGAUCCCAUACCAUUGUUUCCCCCACCUGGGAGGGGAUUUACCUGUGAAUCCUUCCCCAUCACUAGGUGGGAAUUAUUAGCCAAGUCAGCAUGGAGGCCAGGAUAUUAUCCCCAA